CUAGGAAGUGUUUUCAUGUUUGUAUUUGGGAGUUCUUCUGAGGAGAGAAAGUGGAAAGAUACUGUACGUUAUAUCGUGCACAACUCUUUCCAAAAAUAUCCGACCACUGUUCAGAUACUACAGAUAUCCCUUGUACAACAUUUACUCUUGACGUUAACCCACAAUGUCAGUGAUAUACUCAUUAUGACCUGCUAGCGUUUCAGCUAGUGUUCGCACGUUUAUCUAGCUAACGUUAGCUAAAGUUUGCAGUCGUGCUUCCUCAGUUGACUAGAUGCCAGCAUGCAUGCUUCCUGAGCAUGCCACAUCAUGAUGUCGCGCACUGUGCAAGCAUCAGAUCAUGGAGAAUACACCAAACUCGGCAGAGAGAGGUCCGGACUCUGCUCUGCCGGCCAAUGCAGGGUCACCACCACGACACAAUUCUCUCUCCAGCGCAAAUGGGAAGUCUGUGGGAUUUGUGCUGGUGCACGCAGGGGCAGGGUAUCAUUCGGAGUCAAAAGCCAAGGAAUAUAAACACGUCUGCAAAAGGGCAUGCCAGAAAGCAGUGGACCGGCUGAAGGCGGGAGCUCAGGCUGUGGAGGCCGUCACUGCAGCUCUCAUUGAACUGGAGGACUCACCAUUUACUAAUGCAGGGAUGGGCUCCAACCUGAAUUUGCUGGGGGAGAUAGAGUGUGACGCCAGCAUUAUGGAUGGGAAGACCUUACAUUAUGGAGCUGUCGGAGCACUAAGUGGGAUCAAGAACCCGGUUCUAGUGGCGCGGAGGUUGCUGGUAGAGGCUCAGAAGGGAAAGCUGUCCGCUGGCAGGAUACCCCCAUGUUUCCUAGUGGGGAAAGGAGCGCAGCAGUGGGCCGCAGGACAUGGGAUCCCCCCGUGCCCGUCAGAGCGAAUGGCCACCAAGUUCAGCAUGUCUGCUUACCGGAGGAACAAGCGCAAGAUGGAGCUGGCAGAGAAAGUGGAGACAGAACGCUGUCACGUCAAAAGAGGACGACAAUCAAACGACAGUGACCUGGGGCGUUUGGGCAAAGUGAAAGCCAUGAUGGCGGAGGAGGAGGACGACGCGGCAUGCCUGGACACGGUGGGGGCCAUCGUGGUGGACCAGGAGGGCAACGUGGCCGCAGCGGUGUCCAGCGGGGGCCUGGCCAUGAAGCACCCGGGACGGGUGGGGCAGGCAGCUCUCUUUGGCUGUGGAUGCUGGGCUCAGAAUUCAUGCAAUGCAAAUCCCUACUCAACGGCCGUGAGUACCUCAGGCUGUGGGGAGCACCUGAUGCGCACCAUGCUGGCCAGAGAGUGCUCAUCGGCCCUGCAGGCAGAGGACGCUCACCACGCCCUGCUGGAGACUAUGCAAACCAAGUUCAUACGAUCGCCCUUCCUGGCAAGCGAGGACUGUGUGCUGGGCGGAGUGAUUGUGCUGCGAUGCUGCAGGUGUGUGGAGACCUCGUCAGACAUCCAAGCCCUCCUGGUGGAGUUCCUCUGGAGCCAUACCACAGAGAGCAUGUGUGUCGGCUACAUGUCCGCCCAGGACAGCAAAGCAAAGACGCACAUCUCUAGGUUACCCCCCGGGGCGGUGGCAGGGCAGUCGUUGGCCAUCGAGGGAGGAGUGUGUCGACUGGGCAGCAAGAGCGACUGACACACCGAAUACACUGUCCUCACCACACACACACACACACACACACACACACACACACACAGACGCGCACACACACACACACACACACACACACACACACACACACACACACACACACACACACACACAGCAGACCUUGUGGGUUUCUACCAGAGUCCGUCGCCAGUCCUUCUAUCCACGAGUACAAUCCUCCACCACCAGUGUCAUAAACACACACGUGCACACGAAGUGCAGACGUACACACGCACACACACACACACACACACACACACACACACACACACACACACACACACACACACACACACACACACACACACACACACACACACACACACACACACAGACAUACACAGACAUACACACACAGACACACACAGACAUACACAUAAACAAGACAAAAACGCAGACACAAACAAGCGUGCUUCCUUAGCAAUAUGCUAUUGGGCAUGUGCCGUAACUUGCCCAGAUCAGUAGUAAUAAGCUGUGGCUGCUCUGCUCUGCGGAGUUGGAGUGGAGCAGGCUGUCUAACAGGCAGGCAGGCGGGCGACUGUGGACAGACAUCAGCCUGCCUUGGCUGCAAUUUGGAGACAAAUACACACACGCGUACACAAAUACACACUCUCACAUGCACACACUCGCGCGCACACACACGCACACACACACACACACACACAUACACACAUGCAUAUGUACACAAAAACACACUCGCGCACACACACACACACACACACACACAAACCUUUUCUUCUACAUGGAAACACACACACAUUUUCUUCUACAUGGAAACACACGCACGCACGCACGCACACAGACCGGAUCUUCCCCUCACCUUGCUGGCAUUCUUUGGGCCAGCAGCCAGCGUCAAGCCUCCAGUCUGUAGUCACUCGUGUACUGAGCGGCUCUUGCCUCGUCUCCCCAACCCUGCAGGGCCUGGAGUCUCUCCCCCCUCCCCUCCCCUCCCAUUCCCUCUUGCCCACCAUGCACUCUAUAUGCCAUGGGCCUCCCCUCCCCAAUUCCUAAUCUGACCCUCACCAAAUGCAUGUAGUUAUGCCUUGCUCCACACAAACAUCUAGGGCAGUGAUUCUCAAACUGUGGGCCCUGAUAGUGUUCUAAGUGGGCCUUGAAAUCAUUUUCUAAAACUCAAAACAAUAUUUUUUUCUGUUGCUGUUGACUUUUUAUUUGAAUUUUAUGAAAAUGUCCAGUGGGCCCCAAGUUGGCAAAGCUUGGAGAGCCCUGAUCUAGGGCAUACUGUAGUGUAGUUUAGUUUAGUUUAGUUUAUUGGUUUAUGUCAUCAGGGACCAUGUGCAAAGUACAUUAGUUACAUAGUAAAAAGAUGACCUGCACCAGAUUAUAGCUAAUAGCUAAUUUCCAUCUGCAGUCCCUGGGCAGGUAAGAAAACAUACAAUCCAGUAAAAUGGGGGAGUAGCCACUCAGGCAUACAACCCCUGCC